AUGAGAGAUGACGCUGUGAAUCCCUCUGGCGAUGCCGCGGCGGAGGCACUCUCGACCUCGAAUGAGCACCCUCACCUUUCACCAGCACCCUCACAUACCACCACCUCGUCCACGGGCCCCGCAUCGCGUGCAUGGCUCAGCAACGUGCGCAGACCGCGAACCUCACCAGGCCCCAAAGCCAGUGCGUUGAGGAGAACGCUGUUGUCCUCGGACGACGACCGUAGAGACUCGGCUUUGGCGUCCUCCAACUGCACUAGCAACCACGAGCCCUCGUCUCCCACCAGCCUGCGCAGGACGCCGAGCCUUCCUGCUAUUGUAGUUCAAGAUGAGCAUGCAGCAGGGCUUUCACUAGACGCCGGCCAUGCCCAGCAAGAAGAUGAUACCCAUUUCACAGGCAUAGACACCUUUAUCCCUACCGGCAGCUUCGACGACCUCACUUCAGACACGACGUUAUCCUUUUCGAAGAGGGGCAGCAUGAUUUUGGGCGGCAAGAAGGCGAAUAGGCGGAGUAAACAGAUGAGUCUUGUUGUGGAAGGCCCGCCCGCGCCGAGCACACCACCGCGACAGCAGGCGCAGGCGCAGUCCAACACUCAGCAGGAGCUCUCACCACCCACCGCGACGCACCUGUCGCCUACGCCUCGGUCGCUAUCACGAUUCUCUGCGCGUGCAAGAACUACCAGCCAACGCGCCUUAUCUACCGACGAGAUGACGCUUUCGCGUAAAGUACGCUCCAUGUAUAAGCACGGGAAUGAGGAUGCAGUCAAUUGGGACACUCCAGAGGAAGAAACGGGCAGCGUACGGACCAGCUUUGUGGACAACAGCAGCUUGACCGAUACUCCAGCAAACUCAUCCUCCCUGACCGUGGAUAGAAACAAUGAGGACACUAGUUCCCUCAUGAGCUCGAGGCAUGGGAGCGCAAUUUUGAAGGAGCCCACAGAAACUGCUGGUGGUCUCGAAGACUGGGCAAAUCUCGAAGGUGGCGAAGUCGAUCGGUACGGGUUCAUCAUUCCAAAGAAGACGAGAUCAAAGGAUGCUACCAAUGGCGAAAGUCUCGAGGGCCCUGACACACCGCACAUCCAGCGAGUAACGACUUCGCUACAACUGGUUGCGGCAGAGCCUAGACGACGGAGAAUUGGGCGCAGUGGAUCGAGGACGCGAUCGUCGCGGUCAGCAGAUCCCCGAUCAGGGUCACCUCGGCGGCGAGUGUCGCAGAAAUCCGCAAAGCCGAGCAGGUCCAUCUUCUCGAAUCAAACCUCAGGCACAAGAAGCACGCAGAAACCAUUGAGGCUCGCGACCAAUAUUUUACCCCACAAUAGAGACCGCCGUUUGAGAGACGAAGCGAGCGACAUGCUCAAAUUGCCACCUGGUCUCGCCGAAGUGGCAGAGCAGCGAGAAGGAGGCAGAGCAGCCCGGAUAAUGAGAGCGAAGGAAAUCGAGCGCGACGACAAGUGGCGUAGAAUGGCAAAAGUGGUCAAAGCAGGUGCAGACAAGGGCGGCAUGCUCUUCGAGUUCGACACCAAAGACCCGAAGCUCGUUUCUCGCACCUGGAAGGGUAUUCCAGACCGGUGGAGGGCAACAGCGUGGUACUCAUUCCUCGCUGCAAGCUCAAAGGCAGACAAAGACAGCCCCACCGAGGAGGAAUUAAUUGCCAGCUUCUACGAACUACAAGCAGAGAGCUCUGCAGAGGAUGUCCAGAUCGAUGUCGAUGUGCCACGGACUAUCAAUAGACACAUCAUGUUCAGGCGACGCUACCGUGGAGGGCAACGACUAUUGUUCCGUGUACUCCACGCCAUGUCUCUUUACCUGCCUGAUACAGGCUACGUUCAAGGCAUGGCCGCACUUGCAGCGACUCUCCUAUGCUACUACGAAGAAGACAGAGCAUUCGUCAUGCUAGUUCGUCUGUGGAUGCUUCGUGGCCUGGAGAGACUCUAUGAGGCUGGCUUUGCCGGUCUGAUGGAGGCUCUAGACGAUUUCGAGCAGAACUGGCUACGCGGAGGGGACGUAGCGAAGCAGCUGACUGAGUUGGGCAUCACCUCAACCGCGUAUGGUACCCGAUGGUAUCUUACCUUGUUCAACUACUCGCUCCCCUUCCAGGCCCAACUUCGCGUUUGGGAUGUUUUCAUGCUUUUAGGCGACAAAUCCUACUCUAACGUAUCGUCGUCCAAUUUCAGUGGUGACUUGGACGUGUUGCAUGCCACCUCUGCCGCACUGAUUGAUGCAACCAGGGAGAUUUUGCUCGAUUCAGACUUCGAAAAUGCCAUGAAAGUGUUGACCUCCUGGAUCCCAAUCAAGGACGAGGAGCUGUUAAUGCGCGUGGCAAAAGCCGAAUACAAAAUGAGGAAGAAGCGAGCCAAUGCCUGA